CCGCUAUUCUCGAAGCUGAUGCCAAACACAUCGUCAAUUUGGCUCGCGAGACUUACGAAAAGGAGGGACCGUUGUUGGUGGUUGCAUCUGGAAGGGACACAAUCUCCGUUGCUAGUUCUAUAAAACGUUUGGCUCCUGAUCUUGUUUUUGUUGUUCAGAUACAACAUCCAAGGUCUCAUUUGGAUAGGUUUGACAUGGUGAUUACACCUCAUCAUGAUUAUUAUCCUUUGACUCCAGAAGCACAGAGUCAGGUUCCUAAGUUUCUUAGAAGUUGGAUAACUCCACGUGAGCCUCCAGAUAGUCAUGUGGUUCUGACCUUGGGAGCCUUACACCGAAUAGAUUUUGCUUCACUUCGCAGUGCUGCUCUUACAUGGCAAGAUGUGUUUGCACAUGUUCCAAGGCCAUUGCUCGUGGUCAACAUUGGAGGACCAACAAGUAAUUUCUAUUAUCCUUAUCCUACUAAUGUGUCCUAAUUAUUUCUUGCAGUUUUUCUGUGCUUAAAUUCGAAUAUCUUCUUAUUUGGGAUAAAUCUUUAUAUCAUUGUAAGUGAAAUGCUGGGGUGCAUUAAAAUUGUUAAGUUUGUGAAAAAAGAAGGAAUAAGUAAUAAUAUACCCCCAAAAGGAAAAAGAAAAAUUGUUGGGAUCCAAUUGCAAGCUAUGGGACUUGUGUCCAUAUUAGAAGUAUGGCUUUUCUAAUGUGGGGCUCAUAUCAUAUUAUCACAAGGCCUUGUGCUCUCCAAUUACAAUGGCUAACUUUUGUGUGUGAUUCUCCCAAGGUUCUUAUAAAAAAUCCUAGGGAAUUAGGGGAAUCAACAGAGGAAAGAUGUUGUACAUGAGUAGAAACCAUAUGAGGACUUUGCAGACAAUUGGCAGUUGUUGUUUUGCUAUAUUGAAAUUUACAUUUUACAGUAGUACUGUAGUGAUGGUUUAAAAGAAGACUGAACUUCUUGUAGAGUAACAACCCUAGGUCAGAAUUGCAGUACAAAUGAUUUUUUUUUUCUAUACAUAAACCUUCUCAUGAAUUUAAUAAUUAGAAAUUUUAGUGGUAGA